CCGCAACUCUCAUCAUCUCAGUGAUUGUGCAACUCUCUGCAACUCAAUCCGAUUUUCCUCCUUAUAUAACCAACAGUCAUGAUGCUCUACAGCUGGCAAAACAGCUAAGCUCAAGCGCCGAGCGAAGAUGGUGUUGUUUUAAAAUGUCAAAAUCUAUCACACCAGAGCGUACAGCAUAGCGCUGCAUCAAACCUUCAUAUACAGAUAACAGUCUGCAACUCCCACGAACAGCUUUUAGACAGCUCUUUCCCUCCACUGUCACCACCAGUAGCGCAGUUUAUUCCCCUUCGACAUGUUCAACGACUCGUAUUCCAACAAAGUCGGAAGCGCAACCCUCAACAACAUUCAGGGAAACCAGCACAUCAACUACUACCUACAACACCAGCAUCAAUCUGUACCGGCCCAUGCAGGUGGAGAGGAAUGGAAGAGGAAGAUGUAUCGAGAGUACACCUAUGUUCCGGCAGGAAAUAUCAAGAUCAUCAAAACUAUUGCUGUGCAAAGUGUUUGGCAACGAGAAUACGAGAAUGACCCCGACUGUCUUGAGUCGCACCAUAGAUACGACACAUCAAGAGCGAAUCGAGUAGCACAUCUGGCUUGUAUCAGCGUCGAAGGCAGGGAAGAGUCUUCUCCAUUCCUAUGUGUUGCGUAUACCGGAAGCGAUGCACAGAAGGUCUUCAAACGGGAUUGCGUCGCUUUUUCUCGCAUCAGAAGUGCUCAUGUAAUGCAGCUUCGGGGGUUUAAUGAUUCUGAUAUUCCGAUGGUCCUCUUUCACGAAGAACUCAUCCCGGUACAUCAUAUUUUCCAACGACACCGUGAAUCCUCUCUAGCUCUGCGAUGCUAUAUUGCUUUGCAAGCCAGCAUCGCAAGGAAAAGUAUACUUGAAUGGCACCAGACCGAGGACGACUAUUAUUGCAGUAAUGUUUGGAUUCAACCAAGGAAUGGAAGGAUCUCGUUCGGCCCAGCAGUACCUCUGACCGAAUAUUUUUCUGUGUAUGGCGGUUGGGAGCUUGGGAGCUGCACCGACAUGCCAGCUGUUCCUAUUGACAUGUACAACGCCAAUUGUCUCCUUAAGCAUCUCCUCAACUAUUCUUCGGACAAUUUUCUUCUGUCCUGUCUUGAUUUAACAGGCAUAUGUCGCCUGUUGUAUCGAGAAGAAGUGUACGUCCCUCAAAACAAUCAGGUCUGGCUUUGUUCAUCUGGACGACCUAUUGCGAAUUUCCAACCUCGGUCCUGUUGGACUCAUCGGGUGUGGCAAUCCGCGUUUGUUGAAGACCAUUGCCAACCAAUCACGUUGGAAGAUGGGAGGACACGGUUACCUAUGAAAUCAAUUGCUCUCCAGCUCGUGCAUCAGGACUUUAUCUCGUUCAUAUACAAGAUGGAUCAAGCACUUCCACAUCGCCGUAGACAUACAACUUGGCUUUCUCAAUCAUGUUGCAUUUUCAGCACAAUGAAUACACCAAGGCAUGAGUGGUCGGACUGUACAUUGCUUGACUCGAUUUGGCUGAAGCUCAUCGUCGAUCCCAACACGUUUGACCACACAAGUGAUACCAACUUUGACUGCAUUAUGGUUCCCAGUGACCCGGGAACUCGGUAUUACCUCUUCGUACUCCCGCCACCUCAAAGGAUUGACAAUUCUCCCGACGUGAUUACUUGGAUUUUAGGAAAGGAUCUGUACUAUUGGUCCUCUGAUCCUGAUGGGAAAAUGGUGAUGCCAGAGAACCAACGUGUAUCGUUGGGGCUUCCUUCCUUUAUUCCGGACGCUUCGGGUUCCUACCGAAGCUGGAGUGCUGAGACCUACGACCUCAUGCGGGCAUGGCAGGAGGCGAAAGGUUUUGACCCCUCGACGACCGAUUUUGCGCGUUCUUCGGGCCACCCGAUUAUGGAACCAGCAUUUUCCAACCCCAUGGAUGGCGAUGUAGAGCGUUUUAGGGCUCUUUCCGAAGAUACAGAUGUGCUAUUGUAUACUACGCUGAAGGCCCGUAAUAGCGAUGAGAGAGCCAUGGAUGUAGAUUUGCCGACAUCCCUUUCCAACUUGCGAAUAGAAGUAGGUGACCAAGGAGCCUCGGUGGUUGAAGGUUUUGUGACGGCGAGCACGGAUAUGGAGGUGGAUUAGCGAGCAGCCAAUUAUAGAUCUGAAGCUCGUCAGUUGUCACCCGAAAUAGGUGCUUGCGACCUU